CCCGCGGCUUUGCCUUUGUGCGCUAAAAGCGUCCAGGAACGAGCAGCCAUUGCUAGACAUCACUGAGCAGCCAUUACUCCGCGCACGCUCAUCAUAACUCUAGCGCUCGUCAGCGCAGGCCACAGCCUCAUACCCAAAAGACCGAUGGCGGAGCCGCCAGAGAAAAAGGAGAAGGUCUGCCAUUCCUGCGGGCUGGACGACCGAGGCCAAUCGACGCUGCUGGACGCCGACGGCGCGCGCGCGGCCUUCGCGGCCUUACCGGAAAACCUCUGGACCCUCGAGGACAAGCGCUUGACGCGGAAAUUCACGGCCAAGAACUUCCUGCAAGCCGUCGCGUUCGUCAACGCCGUCGCGCCGGUCGCCGAGGCCGCGCGGCACCACCCCGAUAUUCAUAUCACGAAUUAUAGAGACGUGGAGCUCGUGCUCUUCACGCACUCGCAGGGCGGCCUGACGCCCGACGACUUCGCGCUAGCAUCGAAGCUCUCGCGUAUUGGUGUUGCGGUGUCGCCGAAGUGGGCGAAGGAGAACCCGGAGCGCGGCGCGGCCGAGAAGACGGCCGCCGCGGCGUCGGAUGCAUAACGAAACUUGCUUUG